AUGGGAGAUCUACUUAAAAAUUCUGAGAAGAAAGAAGAUAUGAGCUUAUUUAUUCGUACUAUUACAAAGUUGGCGAUGGAGGAAGGAGAUUUCAUAAGCCAGGGGACAUUGAAGGAACUGGAAGAGAUGCUGAGACCCGAUGAACUUUCAGAGUCGCGUGACAAGCUGGUCGGAGUUGACAUUACACCCGAACAAGUAGAAACAAUCAAAAAAGUGUGUGAAGUGGUCAAAGGAUUGGUUACAGUAGGGAAAUUCGUUUGUGACAAGCUUGGACCAUUUCUCGGACCAGUUGGGACAGUUGCUGGUGUGGUAUUGGAUAUCAUCUCAUAUCUCCAACCGAAGGAAGAUGAUCCUGUGCUUAAGGAAUUGAGAGAUCUGAAGAAUCAACUCACCGCGUUGUCUCAGAAAAUGACCACCCAGUUUGAUGACUUGAAAUCUUUUAUUGUGGAACAGGAAUUCUUGAAUAGAUACACUAUCUCGAUGACCAAACUGUUCAUGUAUAUGACUGAUACCAUGUCAGAGAGAACCAAAGAAUCUGUGAAUCUUUUCGAGGAGAUCUACACGAAGGCUAAACCGCAGGAAUUGGUUUAUGAAAUGCUGGCAAAACUCGAGCAGGAGUCUACAAACCCGUUGAAAUGGGCGAUGAAAGGGGAUAAUUUGCAAAGUAAAGCGACGUUUGAGAAAUGGAAGGGAAUUCUGGAGAGUGUGCUGACGGAGGCAUUGUUUCUGGAGACUUAUGCAGCUGGUCUUCUCCCGAGUAUUGGACAACAUGGAGUCAAUAAGAUACUUGAGAAGAUUGCGCGUUAUGUGGAGUUGGCGAAGCAAUGGGACGAGUAUUACUUGAACACUGAAACGUUCUGGCCAGCCGGUGUCAAAAAACUUGUGAACGAUAUCCACGAAAAUAGGAGUCUCCGAACGAAGGAAGAUAUUAUUGAGGUGCUUUGGAAGGGUAUCGAGUCGAUUUAUACCAAUUUUCAAUUCUACGCAGUCGUGCUACCCGAUGAACACAUAUAUGCUUAUUACAAACACUAUGAAGACCAAGCGAUAGUGUCCGCUCGUGAGGGAUUCGUCAUAAUGGUGUAUCGUUCAGCCAGAAAUCCUCAGGCAACCAAAGAAUGGCUAGAGUACACAGUGAAAGAUUAUUUAAUGAUUGAUACAGCGACCGAACAUUUUGAAGUGAAUAAAUGGACGGUGGUCAGAAAUCACUACAAACAGAAAAAAGUGGAUACGAUCGGGCGGUUCUUUGGAUCUUUUUAUUUUGUUGUUGCACAGGAUAGAGACCACGUGGCUAGCAGAUUCUCCAAGAUCGAUGGUUGGGAUUGUGGACCGGGAUUCUUGACUUAUGAUGCGCAUCUAUUGGUUUCCUAUUGUAUUGGAUUGGAAAAAUUCCCCAUUUUCUUUCUUUUUGGAGCAUAA